CCUUCGGCUUAAAACAAACGAUGUCCCAGGCUUUCGAACGCGCGACGACGAUGGAAACAUCGAUGAGGUGGUGACAAACAGUGGAAUGCGUAGGAGACGGGUUCACCACGCUGCUUCUUGGCCCGAGUAAAGCUCGUCGCCGCUUUCGAAUAUGUCGACUAGCAAUGCUACGGAGCUCCGCCGCCUGAUGACGGCGUAUGAUAAUUCUCACGAGUCGAAACCGAUACUCAAUUAUAAAGUCAAUGUGUACGGUGUAAUUAUACCCUUCGUGGUCGUCUCGCAUAUAUGUGUGAUAUUGAGGAUAUAUACGCGGAUAAAGUUAAAAUGUCUAGGAUGGGAUGAUCUCUUCGUGGUGCUCGUUAGAGUCACAGCUACCGUCGGCUCAAUAUUCUUAUGUCUUGCAUUGAAUAAUGGGUUCGGGGAGCAUAUCCUAAUGCUCCGUUAUGACACUAUAGUCGCCUUCCAAAAGUACUUCUACAUCUGCCUAGCCACAUACACUAUCUCAACAACCCUCGUCAAGCUCUGCCUGCUAUCGCAAUACCUGCGCAUCUUCGAGGCCGGGUCGCGCGCGCGCGGCAUCUGCUGGGUCGGGUUGGGGGUGUGCGCGCUCUGGGGCGCGGCCUUCUCCUUCUGCGCGCUGUUCCCCUGCUUCCCCGUCUCUGGCUUCUGGGACUGGCUCGCGCCCCAGCCCGCCCGCUGCUACGGCUUCGGCUCCAAGGUCCCCGCGGAGCUCGCCGGCACCUUCGCCGGCCACACCGCCUCCAACGCCGUCCUCAACGCCCUCGUCCUCGCCAUCCCCGUGCCCUUGUACUUUCGCAAGUCGACCGCCUGGAAGCAGCGGCUGGGGAUUGGCAUUCUGUUGUUCCUCGGGCUUAUCGUAAACCUCCUCAGCAUAUGGCGCCUGCGCACCAUCGUCGCCAACAAGGCGGGCACGUACCCGGUGCUCGACCUGACGUGGUACACGCCGACGAGCAUCAUCGUCGCCGCGCUCGAGGUCGACCUCGCGAGCAUAUGCGCGUCGAUCCCGACCUUCUGGCCGGCCCUGCGGCGCUCCUUCCUCAACGCCAUCUUCAUCACCCGCGAGGUGCAUGUCACACACCAGCACCGUCGCCUCUCCUCGUCCUGCUCUUCUACCGCUUCCUGGCCUCCUAACCCUCCCCCUCCCCCUCCUCCCGGGUUACAGCUUACUUUCUUGCGCGACGAGGACGAGGAUAGCUAUGAUAGCGAUGGUGAUGGUGGCAGCUUAUCUCGGAUGAAAGCCUCGAAGCAGGAGCAGCAGAAGAGGCAGAAGAAGCAGCAGCAACAGCACGGCGGACAUUACCGCGACGACUUCAUGCUGCACCGCGUCGUGCCCGCGAACAUGCUGGAAACCGACCGCGCCAAGUGGAACGACGUAGAGGCCUGUGGCGGGUCCCAGGUCCGGUCCGAGGGACACCGCGGGUUCAAGCGCGAGCGUGAGCGCUUGCAGCUCGCGGUGAUGGAUAGUAGUACUAUUAAUAAUGAUGGCAGCGAUAAAAAUACCUAUAUUAAUAGUAAGACAAAGAAAAUAGGGUUGUAAAAAAAAAAAAGGAAAAGGAGGUUUGUCAUUUGGCGGCGUUUUUUGGAUUUUAGGAUGAGGAUACAAUAUUAGGCGCACAUUGCUUCUAAAGAUACCCGUACUUUUAAUGGCAUAUUAAUAUAAGACAUACU